AUGGCAUUUCACCAGGCCACACUGCGCCUCGAGGAAGCCCCGACGAGCCGUUGCUACCUGCUCACGCGCCCCGUGCUCAUCACGUCGCACGUCGACGGGCGCAAGCAGUACUUGACAACCCGGCUUUGGUCGUCGCGCUUGCGCUGGUCGUCGACGCCGUCGCGCCGGUCGAUCUUUGUCACUGACGCAACGCUGUCGACGCCGACGCAUAUCGUGUUGCGCAGCCAGCGUCGAUUGCGCUGCAUUAUGGAGCUAGCCUCGCCCGAAGUAGACGGCUGCUGGCCCCGAAAGGUCCCGGCUUGCGCGUUUGUUUUGACGCGGCGCACGCGUGCAGGGCUGCCAACCGACCUUUUCGAGAGCCCAGAGGUGUCCAGCGUGGCGUCGACGCCAUUGCAGAGUCGGUCGCGAGGCGGGAGCCGGUACGUGCUGCGUAGCAUGGAGCGACCGGGCGACGUUGAUGUGCGAUCACACGACGGCUCGACAUGGGUGCCGCUGAGCCUCUUCUCCCCCCACCCGAGCCAAUAA